ACUUGUACGCGCCAACAAGAUAAUGUCUUCCAAAAGUAACAGAAAACAAUUAUAGCCACAUAAACUGAAAAAUCUUCAAGUACAUCUCAAUUCAAUUUUGUCGAUAUGGCAACUAUUUUUAAACGCAGUGGUACAGCCGUUACUGCAGCAGUUUUCGCUUUUAUAGCGUUUGUGAUGAUCGUAGCCGCGUUGCUUUCUGAAUAUUGGGUUAUGGCGGAUCUGGAACGUCGAGUCAGAAAUUCAACGCAGACAGGAGGGUCUAAACACUUCGGAAUGUUCAAAGGUGUGAGCAAGCAGGAUUUUGGACUCGGCGCUAGAGAAAGAGACUUUGAAGUCAAAGAUGAGUUUGAAGGUGUUGCUAAUGAUAACGUCAUGUGGGCAACAGUGGGCUUCUGUGUUCUCAGUUUACUUGUCAUCUGCAGAGUGAUUGGACUUUCAUGUUAUAAUGAGUUCACCAAGCCAGACCUAACCAUCUGUGGUACUAUUGGGAUAUAUAUUUGUUGUGGAGUUGCAUUUCUCUUUGUAAUGAUAUCCACCUGCCUAUUUGCUGCAUUGUUUGAACUUCAACUGAAGAAAAAUGUUCUACGGCCUCAAGAUCGAAGACGUGGGUUCUCUUCCACGGACAAAGCUCAGCUGGGAUAUUCUUUCUGGAUUUUAUUGGGUGCUGCUGGUGUUAUACUCAUUUGUCCAAUAAUUAUUUUGAUUAGAAAAGUUCACUGCACAUAUUGCUUUAAAGCAAAAAAGCAUGAAAUAAGCACUGUAGAUGGAGUAAUGCUGUAUUAGUUUUGUGCUCAAAGCAUUGAUCUGUAAGUUAAGCUUUAAAUUAAUAGGAGAGGCCAAUGUGCAAAAAACUAGUUCACAUUUUGUAUAGUUUUCAUUUAACCCUGUGCCAAUCAUUCAGAGAUUCUUAAAAUCUGACCCCAACUACAGCAAAUGUAAAAACAUCUCCACAUUAAUGUUCAUACAACUACAUGAAGACGGCAAAGUUUCAGUUUGAAGAGUGGGGUUAAUCUUGUCCUAAGUUAGUUAUAUCAUUAUUUAUUUUAAAUUUAUUUAUUACAUACAUGUAAGAGUUUUAUACAAUUAGUAAUUAAUAUAGUUGAGUUUACAGCCAGACAACCAAAUGAACAGACAGGCAGGCAGGUAACUUCCAAUGAUACAAGAUGUAAUCUAGCCUGGAUUUCAAAGAUUUUUUCUGUUUAAUGGGAUUGUAUUCUUUAUUAAGAGAUAAUAAGCAAAUCAGCAGAUUAUGUUGAAUGAUGAAAUAAUCAAUAGCAAUUGCAUUAUUUAAAAUAAAUAAAUAAAUUAAUAUUUUAUUUAUGUUAUGUUCAAGAUAAAAAGUUUGGAUACUUAGGGUAUUUUCCUAGGAAAUUAGCUAUUUCACCUUAAAUAAAGCUUGUAAGAAAAAUAAUGCACUGCAUUAUGCACAGGGGUGGCAAUAGGGGUAAUUUCUACUUUCAUUGAGUGAUUUUUACAUUAAAAAGGAAAGCCAGUAAAAUAAAGACAUUCCUUGAGUGA